AUGUCAUUUCCUGUCGUCAAUGGUGUCGAGGUUGCGGUGCCGCCUCCGUCGGGGUACAGAGUUGACUUUGAGAACCCGCUGACUGAUGCGUCGAUGGUGAGGAAUGCGUACUGGAUUUUCGGGAUGGAGUUUGCGAUAGCGACGGCGUUUUUGGGACAGCGGAUGUAUACGAAUGCAGUGAUUUUGCGCAAGUUCUUGAUUGACGACUAUUUAAUUCUUUUCGCUUGGGUCCUCUCUAUUGCGGCUCAAUCGUGUCUUCUCAAUGCAUACAGUCGCAAACUACUCGGCGUUCAUGCAUGGGAGAUGCCAAUCGACAGCAACACCCAGGCUAACCUACUCGUCAUGUGUACAACACUGACUUACAUCCCGACGACAAUCCUCUCUAAGCUGACGCUCUGCUUCUUCUACUACCGACUCUCGCCGUCUCUGUGGUAUCAAUACUCGGUUUACUUUACCGGCUUCCUCUGCAGUGCAAGUCUCAUCGGUAUCUGGUUCAGUGUUCUGUUUGCAUGCAAGCCUAUCGCUGCAGGAUGGGAUGUUAGGAUGUCGGUUGGGGCUACUUGCAUCAAUCGUCCUCCCAUCUACAUUACCCAGGCUGCCUUUGGUUGCAUCACUGAUGUGAUGUUGCUGGUAUUGCCUAUUCCAACUGUCAUCGGUCUACAAAUGUCUACUAGACAGAAGCUUGGCCUCGUCGGUCUCUUUGCUAUCGGUUCCAUUACUCUUAUCACAUCCAUUGUCCGACUGGUUCUUCUCUUGCCCAGCUUGUCAAAUCCCGAUCAAAGCUGGUCAUUGGCAGAAGGUUGUCUUUGGGUCAUCAUUGAAGCCAACCUUCUCAUCAUGUGCGGCUCCCUCCCAACACUUCGUGUCUUUCUCAAGAACGUCGCCCCUCGAGUUCUCGGCGACAAAAGCACACGAAAAGGCAGUGAAGAGCAAAGUGGAAGCGCCAAUUUUGGCCUCCAUACCUUUGGUGGUUCAAAUGGACCGCGCCGCAAGUUUGAUACGCUCGUUGAGCUGGAACAUGAUACUCACUUCAACAGAGUAAGCCUGCGGCCUGAGGGUAUGGGUAAGACGGACGUAAACAUCUACAGUGGACGUCACUCAAUCAACAUGUCAAUCACCCGUAUUGAGAUCGACCCUGAGGGUGACACUCUCGUCAUCGUUCCAGUUAAGCCGACUUCUACUCAAUCUGAGGCCCCAAACUCUCCCGAUGAGAAGCACUUCCUUUGUUCCAAGAAACACCUGACCCUUGCCUCUCGUCGGGCAGCAAGGCUCUUCUCAAGUCAAUUCAAAGAGGCUUCGGUCGAGUCAGAUGGUCUCUAUCACUGGAAAUUCGAAGCAAUCUUUAAUCAUGAAGCAUUUUCCCUCGUCUUGAAGAUUAUUCAUGGCAAAACACGUGGGAUUCCCCGCGACAUGAAGCUCGAUCUCCUAGCUGACAUUGCGACCAUCGUUGAUGAUCUACAAUGCCACGAGGCCGUAGCAUAUUUCAGCGAAAGCUGGCUCUUGUGCUGGCCCAGCGCGAGAAAAAAGGCCAGAGGGAAAGAAUUGGCUCAGCUGAUCCUCUCAUCUUUCGUUUUCGAGCAUGCUUCGCUCUUCGAGAACUACACCAAGUUGGCUAUAAGACACAGUGACGAUGUUCCAUCAACAUUCGGGUUGCCGAUCCGGGUAGAUGUUUCGAGUCAAAUUGAAAACACUAGGACCCAGAUUUUCGAGCAUCUCUUGGAUGGUUUAGACAAGCUCUACGACUGGAUCCUUGAUGGAAGCGCGGGAUGUAAUCCCGCAUGUCAAGCUUUACGGCUGGGGAGUCUAUCACAAGCGAGGAAGAAGCUGGGUCUAUAUCCCCGCCCGUCGUCUCCAUUCUCGAAGCUAUCUCUUGACUCUCUUCUCGAAUCUUUGGCAACUGUUCAGUCGCCAGCCUAUUUCGGACCACCAAACCAAGGCCCUGUCGCGAUGUAUUCCAGCAAAUGGAAUAUUGAGACUUCAUCUACGGUUGUCGUGCCUGGAGGUUUUUUCGGGGGUCAAUCGAAGUCUACACAGCCUGGGACUAAUAAUGCCUCUGUAUCAUCGCCUCAGCCCUCCGGCCUUUUUGGGCCAUCGGCUUUUUCUCAGACCACCAACAGUCCUCCACCUCGCCAGCUCGGUGCCCCUCCUCAGCCUACUGUUGGUCUGUUUGGUUCGUCUACUGCAUCUCAGAGCCCUGCAAGCGGUGGCUUGUUUGGGAAUGCUAAUUCCAAAGUUGGAACUAAUACUUCAGCGGCUGAGAACCAAGAACAGCCCGCAAUUAUUGUUAAACAUAAUUGUCGCUUGAAGGACCUUAUCGAGCCCUUGGUCAUGGCAGCUGAAAAUGAAAUUACAGGGCUGAAACUUGCAGACUUCCCAAGACCGUAG